AUGAAGGAUGGAGGCCAAAGCCAACCGGAAACCUCCAGCCCGACAGCCGACCUCCUGUCACCAAAACAUAUAAACAGAAUUGGGAGCUGGAAUGUAAGAACUUUGUUCCAGACAGGGAAACCAGUGCAAACAAUCAGAGAAAUGAAAAACUACAAACUAAGCCUACUCGGAAUUCAGGAAGCACGUUGGGUAGGAUCGGGGAAAAGACAGCUAGCCACAGGAGACACCAUCAUCUGGUCAGGAAGGAAUGAUCAUGUUCACCAGGGGGGUGUGGCGCUUGCCAUGACUAAGGAGGCUACACGAGCUCUCUUGGAGUGGAAACCAGUGAGUGAGAGACUUUUGUAUGCCAGGCUCAACUCUAGAUAUGUCAAACUAUCAGUACUGGUCAACUACGCACCAACAGAAGUAGCCGACGAUGCAGAUAAAGAUGACUUCUAUGACGGCCUCCAGUCCACCAUCGACAGGAUCCCAAACCACGACGUCUUACUCUUGCUAGGAGAUUUCAACGCCAGGCUGGGCAGCGAUAAUGCGGGCCGCGAGAGCAACAUGGGCAAGCAUGGAAUGGGAACGAUGAAUGAUAAUGGAAGCCGGCUCAGCGACCUCUGUGGUGCAAAUCGACUAACAGUGGGUGGAACACUCUUCGAACAUAAGAGGAUCCAUAAACUGACCUGGAGAUCACCCGAUGGGAAGACACAUAGCCAGAUCGACCACAUCGUCAUCAACAACAAGUGGAAGAGAUCACUGCAAGAUGUCAGAGUCAAACGCCUUGCAGACGUAGGGAGCGACCACCACCUGUUGGUAGCAAAGUUGUCCCUCAAGCUGAAGAAAGCAAGUAACGGAAGCACCCGGAAGAACCACUUUGACAUCGACAAGUUGCAAGACCCAGAGAUCAAGAGGACCUUCAACAUCACCCUCAGAAACAGAUUCCAGCAACUACAGGACGAACAAGAGAUGUCCAUUCAUGCUUUCAAUGAGGCCAUGCAAGAAACAGGGAAACAAAUCCUCGGCUUCCGAAAGACCAAAAAGGAAGAGUGGAUCAGCGCCGCAUCAUGGACCAAGAUUGACGAAAGAAAAGCUAUCAAGAAGAAUCUACUGAGCACCAAGUCACCACGUCUACAGGAACGCCGAAAAGCUGAGUACUCCCAGAAGGACAAGGAAGUCAAGAAGAGCUGCCGAAAAGACAAGCGCCAAUACUUCGACAACCUUGCCACAGAUGCCGAGAAUGCAGCCAGAAGGAAGGACAUGGCAACACUGUACAAGGCAACAAAGAAAAUGAGAGGAAACACAGGACCAAGCCAAGACACCCCGGUGAAGGACAAGAAUGGCUCACACAUCUCCGGCGAAAAAGAAAAGACGGAGCGUUGGAGAGAACACUUUGCUGAAAUCUUGAACAGCCCACACCAACAGAACCAGCUGUAA